GAAUGGAAAAUGAAAAUAUUAGAGAGUUGGAGGGGCAAAAGAGAGAGGAGAGACAAAUGUCAAAUAUAAAUAUGUGUGUGAUUGUGUAACUCCAAGUGCAUGUGUAUUGUUGUUGAAACAAAAAAAACAAAAAAAAAUAGAGAAAGAUUAUAGUGAAGAGGGUGUCAAAAGAGUGAAACAAAAUACUUGAAUAAUAAUAAUAAUAAUAAUAUAUGUAAUAUAUAUAUAUAACAUAUAGGUUAUAUAUAGAUAAUUUUAUUUUUUAUUUUUUUGUUCUUUUUGUGUCGCCAUAUUGUAAAUGGUGACGCGGGGAAUUGGAGGUUGUGUAUAUUCUCCAACCAGUGACGAAGCCACUGGAGGUUUUGACGUGGCUGCUACGUACCUGUUUCGUUUAUCCACUCGUAUUGCAGCAAACUUGGUGACGAUAAAUACGUAACUGGGCUUUUGGGCUCUAGGAUAUGGCAAGUAUGGUUGAAGAAAAUGGAUCAAUUGUUGAUCCAUUAUCACCUGGUUCACACAGUGGUGAUGCAGCUCCAACAAUUGUUUCGGUACAGUCAAUUAGUAGAACACAACAACAACAACAACAACAACAACAACAACAACAUCAUCAACUGGUUGCCUCAUCCAGCAUUGUGCAAUUUACACUACCAUCGUCAGGAGCAACUCAGGUGCAAUCUGUUAUUCAACCAAAUCAUCAAUCUGUUAUUCAAAGUGCUACAAAUAUACAACCAGUUGCAAUAUCAAAAGGAAAUGUUAUUCUUGUUAAACCAAAUUCAGUUAUACAAUCAACACAGGGUAAUUUACAAACAUUACAGGUUGUAGAGACUGGAAGUGAUGAAAGUUUAUCUGAUGAAGAUUCACCUAAAAAAAGACGUGAUUUAUUGACAAGACGAGCAUCAUAUAGAAAAAUUCUCAAUGAUCUUGGUGCUAAUGAAAUUGCAGGAACACAAAAAAACGAAAAAUUUUUCGUUGACACAGGUAACUUGCCUCCUUUAGAAUCAUCCUUAGAGUGUGACUCUAAUGUGGACAGUGAUAUGUCUUCCCAUUCGCUACAUUAUCAAACAGUAAUACCCGCUGGAACAAUACAAAUUUCGACACAGGGUGAGGGUGUUGGUACUGGUCUUCAUACGCUGACAAUGAGUAAUGCAACAACUGCUAGUGGAACAAUUGUGCAGUAUGCACAGGGCCAGGAUACACAAUUCUUUGUCCCAGAUUAUACAGGACAUGGUGUUGUUGUUGAAGAUGCUGCUAGAAAACGUGAAAUGAGGCUACAAAAAAAUAGGGAAGCUGCAAGAGAAUGUAGAAGAAAAAAAAAAGAAUAUAUUAAAUGUUUGGAAAAUCGUGUUGCAGUUUUAGAAAAUCGUAAUCAAACAUUGAUAGAUGAGCUUAAAUCAUUGAAAGAAUUAUAUCAACAAAAAUCAGAAUGAAAAAUAUCAAUAGUGCUAUCAAUAUAACAAUUGAUUAAAAAAAAAAAAAAAACAAAAAGAAAUUGAUUUUUUUAUAUAAAAAUUUAAAAGAUAAUUUAUUUUUUUUUUUUUCUGUCAUCUCAAAGUUGACAUGGAAAACAAAAAAAAAAAACGAAAUAAAAUUUAAAUUGUCUAGAUGACCGAAGAAUGUAUUUCUAUCUUCAUCAAUUUAAUUUAAAUUUAAAAAAGUAAAUAACAUAUUUUGACAAAAAAAAAAAAUAAGAAAAAAUCAAUAUUAAAAUCGUCGUAUAGAACUGUGUAUCUGUAUCAUAUUGUAUUUAUGUAUUGACGUAAUGAAAAUAGAGGAAAGGCUUGUGAAACUUGCUGUAAUUUAAGCGAGAAGCCAAAGGUCUUGUUCGUGAAUGAACAUUUUUAAAUGAAAAAAUGAUAUUUCCUCGAUUAUUUAUUAUAUGAUUUUUUGUUUUUUUUUUUGGGGUUUUUUUUGUUUUUCUUUUCAUUGUAAAUUAACUUAAAAAUACAGUGUAAAUUAUUAUUAUUUUUUUAAAAGCCAUACUGCAGUUAUGAGUCAACAAAGAAAUAUGUAUUAUUUAUUAUAAAUGAUAAAUAAUUAACGUUCUAUUAAAAUUUUAUAGCCCUUGAAUAAAGAUGUCCAAU